UAUUGCGACGUCAGGACUAUUGAACAGGAGGAGGCGCAGCGCCUGUCUGUUUUGUUGUUCGCUCACUGUUUACUGAUGGAAAACACAUUCCAGUUUGUUUUUCUAGCGGCAUAAAUAUCACAGGAAGCUGUUUAAUAAAGUAUUCACAUCUCCAAUGUUGAACUCUUCUGUGAAAUCCUAAAGAUGAAGAAGAAAGUGAAGCACAACAUGGCGAAGAAAAAGGUGGGCAUAGAGGCAGAAGCUUCAGCACCUACAGUGGAUAAGUGUGAGGUCUCAACCGGUGAUGAGUCUGCACAGGGAAAACGGCGUCUACGAAUUUCGCAAAGUGACAGCUGCUUCCUUGAGUUCUUAAACAAGGACCGGCGUGCACUGCCUUCGUUUUGCGACAUAGCCAUCACUGUUCAUGGGGAAAUGUACCCGGCACACAAGGUGGUGUUAGCGUUCGGGAGCAGCUACUUCCAUGCAAAACUGAGUAAAAACCCUCAGCUGGACCAUAUGACUUUUGACAAUGUAGAUAGCUCCACAUUUGAACACUUACUCAACUUUCUAUACACGUCUGAAAUGGAGGUACAGCAGAGUGAAAUCCCGUCUUUAUCCGAGGCUGCGUGCUUCUUUGACAUGAUGGAGGCAGUGAAUCUUCUAGCAGGUGAAGCAACACCAAACACAACACCGGAAGAAACCGAGAAAGAGGAGGCACUGCCAGUGGAAGAACCUCAGAGUUCUUCUUCAGGAGAGCUUAAGAAGCCUCAAACUCCUGAAGAGACCCAGUGUUUGCUGUGCAGCCGGACAUUUUGCUAUAAAAAGUCAUUGGAGAACCACAUGGCCAAGAUGCACAGCCAAGUUGAGGUCAUUGAAACGGCGGCUUCUUCGAGCAGCAAACGCACAUCAACCCGUCAGAGGACAACAAUGAGAAAAUUCGAAAGCCAGGAGAGCAAGAACUGCCUUGGAAUGGAGAACCACAGGAAAAAGGAUGCACAUGUGGACGAAGGAACUAGCUCUGUCGAAGAGGAAGAAGAAGAGGAAGAAGAAGAAGAAGAUGAUGAUGAUGAUGAAAAAAACCAGCAUGAACAAAGCAAAGAAAGAGAACAAAAAGAAGCAGAAACAAGUGUGAGAACUGAGGAAGAUCCAGAUUGCAGAAAGGAGGUAGAGUCAAGCUCUAGUCAUGUGACCAAGGACCAUGAUGCAGCCGUGGCUCAGAGCAGUGGCGGCCAUGUUUACCCAGAGGGCCUUGCUCCAGUGAUCAUCCAAAGUGGCAACAAAAAGAAUCUCAAAUGCCCAAAGUGUGACAAGACAUUUGACCGUAUAGGAAAAUAUGAGAGUCACACACGAGUGCACACGAGAGAAAAGCCGUUUCAGUGUGAUGUGUGUCUGCAGCGCUACUCCACCAAAUCCAACCUCACCGUGCACAAGAAGAAACACACCGCUGAUGCUCCGGUGCAGAGAAAAGAUCACAAGUGUCCAUUCUGCAACAAACUCCACGCCAGCAGAAAGACACUGGGCAAGCAUGUUAAAAGGUUCCAUCCUGACCACAUGCAGGAGUUUGUGAGUAUGAGGAAAAGGAAGAGCGAAGGCUGGAAAUGUGACAUCUGCCACAAGUCAUUCACGCGGCGCCCCCACCUGGAGGAGCACAUGAUCUUACACUCUCAGCACCGGCCAUUUAAAUGCGCCUACUGCGACGACUACUUUAAGUCCCGCUUUGCUCGACUCAAACACCAAGAAAAGUACCACUUAGGACCUUUCCCGUGUGACAUCUGUGGACGGCAGUUUAACGACACCGGCAACAGGAAGCGGCACAUCGAGUGCACACACGGAGGGAAGAGGAAGUGGACGUGCUUCCUGUGCGGCAAGUCGGUCCGAGAGAGGACGACAUUACGGGAGCACCUAAGGAUCCACAGUGGGGAGAAACCACACCUGUGCAGCAUCUGCGGACAAAGUUUCCGCCAUGGCAGCUCCUACAGGCUUCAUCUUCGCGUCCACCAUGACGAUAAACGCUACGAGUGCGAAGAAUGUGGAAAAGCUUUCAUUCGGCACGAUCAUCUCAAGAAGCACAAGAAAAUACACACCGGCGAAAGAGCGCAUCAGUGUGAAGAGUGCGGGAAGUGUUUCAGACGCGCCGAUCACCUGAACGUCCACUACAAAAGUAUUCACCUGGGAGAGAAAGUGUGGAGAAAGUACAAGGCCGUAGUGCACCAGUGUGAAGUGUGCAAGAAAGAGUUCAGAGGAAAAACCAAUCUGAUGACACACUUCAGGACACAUUCUGGAGAGAAGCCUCACCGCUGUGUGAUCUGCAACCAGACUUUCCGCAUCAAGAAAACUCUGACUAAGCACAUGGUCAUCCACUCUGAGGUGCGCCCUUUCAGCUGCCCUCACUGCAGCACCGCCUUCAAACGCAAGGAUAAGCUCAAAUACCACGUGGACCACGUCCACAGCGCUCGCCCUCUCAACCCGGCCUCGUCCCAAACACCCGAAACGUCCCAAACUUCCAAACCUGCUGACGUGUGUGUCCCUGUCACUUUGGUGCCUGUCCAAAUUCCAGAGGAAGCUGGAGCUGAACUGCAGCAGCAGCAGCAGCCAGGUGGAUAUCAGCCGUCCACUGAUCUGGUCUUCCUGGAAAAAUACACGCUCACUCCUCAGCCGGCCAACAUCGUGCACCCGGUGCGAUCGGAUCAGAUCCUGGACCCGAGGGAGCCCUCGUACCUCAGCACGCUGCUCGGCCUCGACUCCGCCUCCUCCGAGCAUACUCAGUAGCGUUUUAAAAGCUCAACUAAUAAUAUCACGGACUUUAUUAUCAUGGACGUUUCCGCUUUUGUCCACAUUAAAUUCUCUAGGAAGAGUACUCUUAAGUGCAAAAGUUUGCAUCCCUUUAAGGUGUAACUAGUAACUAAUCAAGCAUUUAAUAUAUUUUACAGAUAAGUGUGUAGCAGUCAAGAGUGUAAUUACAGUUACAUCAGAUCAGGUAUACCACCAUGUUGAUUAAUUUUCAGCUCUAACACAUUCGAAUAAGUUAUCGCUUCUAUAGUAGCAGCUCAUUCACAGGAAAUUGCACCGCAGAUGUUCUACAUAAUCUGUAAUAGGCUAAUAGUUAUAAUAAUUAUAAUAAACAUGUUUAAAAUGUUAUUUAGAGAAAACGACAAAACAUUUUCAUUUUAUUUAUGUAAAUUGUACGCCUGCUUUUUUAUUUAUUUAUUAUGUUUUUUUUUUUUUUUGCCAUUCCUCCACACAUUUCCAUAAUAAUAUGCCCUUUGCUACAGAAUGCAUUUUCCUCAGAUCAGGUCUGGAGAGUGAAAGUUUUUCUUUUUUUCCCUUUUGUCACACAAUACACACAUUGUAUUUUUUUGGAAUGAAAUCUUAUUUUUUUGAAGUACAUUUUC